AUGUUCAAACGUCUCGUCACCGUCGCCCCCCGCAUCAGCGUUGUGGCGCCCCGUGCCUUCGCACCCCUCUCGGGCCUGCAGUCCGUCCAGCCUGUCCAGCGCCUUGCCCCGACCCCCGCCCAGCGGAGAGGCUAUCACGAGAAGGUCCUGGACCACUACAACAACCCACGGAAUGUUGGCUCCAUGAAGAAGGGCGACCAGGACGUUGGCACCGGUCUCGUCGGCGCCCCCGCCUGUGGCGAUGUCAUGAAGCUCCAGAUCCGGGUGAACAAGGACUCUGGUCGUAUCGAUGACGUUGUCUUCAAGACUUUCGGCUGUGGCAGCGCCAUCGCUUCGUCUUCUUACUUGACCGAACUUGUCCGCGGCAUGACCCUGGAGGAGGCCGGGAAGAUUAAGAACACCGAUGUGGCGAAGGAGCUCUGCCUGCCCCCAGUCAAGCUGCACUGCUCUAUGCUUGCCGAGGAUGCCAUCAAGUCCGCCAUCUCCGACUACUACACCAAGAACCCCAAGAGUCAAGCAACCGACCUGUCCGGCACGGGCGCCUCCAUGGCCAACAUGAAGGUUGAGAUCGAUCAGACCCCUGCGGCCGCCUUGUAA